AUGGGAGAUGAGCCUUUCGAGAAGAAAGUCAACUCAGGCGUCGUAAUGUCUGAGCGUUCGAGUUUCCUCGAUUUCAGAUGCACCAGUCAUUCAAGUGAAAAGGCAAAAACCGAUUCAGCUGAAGAAAUACCUCACCUAACCAAUAGCUCUCAAGGAUCCGAUACUAAUCUGUUUAAGAACCCCAAGCAUGCUGCAUCCUUGAUUAGAUGGAAGGACUACAAUGAUAUAUAUCCAGCAUUGGGCGCGUACGGUAGACCCUCGAUCAUCUACCCAACGAAAUACUGCUGUGUUUUCGGUACAACGAGGGGCCCGAUUCUGAUCUUCAGCGUAAAGCAGAUUUUGCUCAGCAAGCUAAUCCCGCAGAUUGCGAUGAGCAAUGCUGAAAAUGACUAUAUACACUCAGAGGUAAGUCACAUAGCGGUGAGCGCAGAUGGUACGCACCUGACGGCCGCAUACAAGAGUGGGGACGUUUUCAUUUGGAAUUUGAAUGCAUCGGAAAGCAGUAGUUCGCCAUCUUCAAUAUCUAGCGUCAUUACCGAACCUCUGAGGGCUAUACUUCAUAUAACAAAUCACUGUGGUAAGGGGAUUAAUGGUAUUGGCUUUGUUGGUGGUAGACACACAGCUUUGGUUGUUAGCGACGACUCCGGCCAGAUAUUGUUGCACAAUGGGUUCCGAUCUCGUCUUUGGUCCUUGACUUAUAGCUCACGUACCAUCGCAAAAUUUUCUACAGGCCAGCUACUCCGCUCAGAAUUGGGACCCUACGAGACGGGAAAAAACUAUUCGCAACUGAUCGCCGUGGUGACGAGGACUAAUAUGGGAAUUAUUUGCUUAGAUCCCAAGCCUGUCACUCUCUUUGUGGAGGAUAUUGCGGCCAAGACCUCAGGUAUCCCCUUGACCAAUUCUUGCCUCUCAUGGUCCAAGAAUGGUUGCCUGGUUGCGCUUUCCUUGAAUAGCAGUCUGUACACGUUUAUGUUCAGCUCUUCCCGUCCAUUUGCCUUAUUGGGAAAGGGCGCUUCUGCAACUAACGGAGCUAUCAUCUCAUUACAAUGGAUAAAUGAUCAAGCUCUGGGCAUUAUGACAGUUUCUCACCAGCUAUUGAUGGUUGACAUCACACGCGAUUGUUUGCCAGUAAUGGAUUUGGACCUUCUGAUGUAUGAUCUACUCAUUCCACCAGAUAAACAUGUGGCCGUACGCGAUACUGAAAUUUAUGCUCUUACGCACUAUAAUCUUAAGAUAGGGAAGUUUGCAACAUGGAUGGAUGUGACCUUGCAUCGUGUUCAGAACGCAGACUACAUCGGUGCAUUAAACUUCUUCGAAACGCUACUUAAAUUACGGUCACCUCUGGCGGAGCUGAUAAAGCUGGAAAGCGAACAAACAAAAAGAGAAGACCAACUAGGACAAUUGUUUUUCAAUCUAGCGUUGGCAGCAUUGCGAUUUAUUUUCGAGAAUUCCAAUGUCGACUAUGAUGACCUCUACCAGCUUUUUUCGACUGUUCUACGCAUCAUAGGCUUGUUUGAGGAUAAAUUCGUUCGUUCCACUUAUUUUGAUUCUUUCAUUGAGCAGUCUUUGGAAUAUUUCAACAAAGAAAAUGUGGAAGUACUCUAUGAAGUUUUGGUUAAUUACGUAACUGCUGGCCUGCUAAGUUCCUUGCCUCCAGUUGUCUUUAAAGAUAUGCUAGAAUUCUAUGCGAAGCGAAAACGGACCGCUAUUGUGGAGGAGCUGAUUAUGAUGCUCAAUCCAAAUAGGUUGGAUAUUGACUUCGCGGUCAAAAUCUGCAAAGAAUAUGGGCUCUUCGAUGUGCUUGUUUACAUUUGGACGAAAAUAUUCGGUGACCAUAUGACUCCCCUUGUUGACGCUUUAUGCAAGAUAAGCGAGAUGCCCGAAGAAUCCAGUUUAUUCAACAAUGUGCCUGUUGAUGAAACGGAGAAAAUUUAUGAUUAUCUGUCUUUCACGCUGACAGGGCGACAAUAUCCUGAUGGGACGCCGAUUAAUUCAAGGCAAUUAGAACUUGAGGCGAAAACUGACCUCUAUCAAGUGAUUUUCAAUGGCUCAUGCGUGGAAUGGCCUCCAGGCAGUUCACAAAAGUUGCGCACAAAGAGAGAGCAAUCGGACGAACCAGCUUUUCCGUAUUUUAACUUACUUCUAGGCUACAACCCCUUGAGAUGUCUAGCAACAUUCAAUGAAGCUUUUGAAGACUCUUGUCUCAAUAGCAGCGAAGUAAAUGUCAACGAGGAAGAACAAAAACUGCCUGUUACUCGUCAAACUAUCAUAUACAUUAUGUUAGAUAUGAUGCGGAAGAAAAAGAAGGGCAGCAGUCCAGAAGCAACGUUAUUGGCAAUAUUCAUCUCCACGAAUGCUUUUAAGUACCCUCAGUUCAUUCGUCUCAAUAAGCAAGACUUCGAAAAUCUUAUAGAUGUUCUUUGCCAAUCUGAGCAGCCAAGCUUGGACGCAGAUAAACAAAGAGCCUUGGAAUCGAUUCUUGCUCUUUAUGCGCCAACAAAUGUGAACCAAUUUAUAAAGAAGUUGGAAGAAAAGAAGUUCACAAGAGUUUUAUUCAAUGUUUACAUCAAAGCAAGAAAAUUUGUCGACCUAUUCCGACUAACAAUAAGAUCUGAAGAUGCUAGUCGGGAUUUUGGUAUGAACAUGGCCUCAAUUACCCAACUUGUUUUGAAAGAAACUAAAGAAGACCCGGUAGCACAUUCAUCAAUCAGUGAAAUAAUCGAAGAUAAAUUUACUCUGUUAUUAAGGAGGUUGGGGCCCAAGAAAGCCGCUUUACUUUUUGAAGGAUUCGAUUAUCAACUGCAUUAUUGCGUGACGUCUGUAAUGGAUAAGGAUGUGCAAUUAGAGUACUUGGAUCAGGCAUUCAAAGUUUCGUCAUCGCCUCAAUCUGACCAAGGAAUCAAGAAACUAUACAUUGAGCUAACAAUUCAUCAGAAAAACAAGGAAAAGGUACUUUCCUGGCUACACAACGUUGAUUUGAAAAGUGUAGACGCCCAGCACAUUCUCAGUCUGCUCAUCGCUGACCAAAAGCACGAAGAGGCCUAUGUGAUGCAUUACCGUUUGGGAAUGUUCAGCUCUGUGGUCGAUGAUAUGCUUUUCUGUAUUGAAGAAUGGUUUCAGAACAAUAACGGACGCUUUGAAACACUCGAUAAAUAUCUAACGGCAGCAGUUGAUGCCGCCAAUUCUUCCAAGCAAGACAAGAAGCUCAACUGGACGAAGCUCACAGCCUGCUUUUUCAAUCUCUUCGGAAGCUAUGCUGCCGAUGCGAGUAAAAGGAAGGCUUGCAAACAUGCUUUGCAAAAGCUAUUCAUUAAGUUGGCUGUGUCAGACAAUUCUGUCAAGGAGCAAGAGUCUGGAAAAGCGGAGAACAUUCUAACGAACGUUUUAGAGCAUCAGGACAUUAUCAUGAAAAGAAUACAAGAUUUGAAGGAAUUACUGCUUGAUAUAUUUGCGGCUUACAACAUCGAGCAGCAUAUCUCGAAGCUGAUAUUGAAGAUCUUGCAGAGUUCUUCCACAAGCAUGAUAUAUUACUAUAAAGAUCACGUCCAGAACGGACAGUCAAUUUGCAAUCACGAAUGUGUGAUCUGUGGAAGGAAAAUUUGGGGUUUGGGUCUUGAUACUAAGGUGUUUGAAAUGUGGGAGACAGCAAGCAGCAAGUAUGCAAAUUCAUUAGAUAUGGGAGGCACGGCGAUCGUUUUGUUUUUUUGCCGCCAUUCAUUUCACAGAGAAUGCUUAGAAAAUUUGGGGCAGCAUGCAGAGGCCUACUUUUGCUUGACUUGCAAUAAGAAGGACAAAAAUUCUGGAUGA